UGGCAGCGGCAGCAGUAGUAGCAGUUGGCACGGUCGCGGCGAGGAGGUUGACGACUUGCCUUACACUAUACAGGUGGCAGGUGUGUGCGCGUGUGUCUGUUAUCAUAGCUGCCGUCCGUGUCCGCGCUUCCUUAUCAGUGCCGUCCGGUUACUACAGUCUUCGAGUUUUCUGCGCCGAAAAGUGGACAAAUGUUUAGUGAAUUGUUUCAAGGACGUGUAGUUAGAUAAUUGUGUCGUGGAAAUGUUUUCUUUGUAUGUUUUAAGUUGUGAGUUUACAGAUUGGGUGGCCUUCUUAUUCUAAGUUACGGACUAACUGGAAAAUGAAAGCACAUUGUCAAGAACAGCCGUCUGAUAUAAUAUAAAUAGGAAAGUGUAACGUACGCAAUUUAAAGAAUCGAGUGUUCCAACCAGUUUGUAUUCUAGUGAGAAACCGUUCAUAUCCGAGAGUGAAGAGCUGAAAUCCGAGAAAGAGUGAAGGAGGACAACGAUGGUCUGUGAGUGAGUGACGGUGGGUGUGACAAUGGGGGCGGCGUACAGCGGGGGCAGCGACACGAUUACUGGGGGGCGGGAGGCGGGGGGCGGAGGCUAACAUGGUUCCGUACAACCUGCAGGACAUGCCGUCCUACUCCAGGCUGCUGCAAGGCGACGAUGAUAAUGAGUACUUCUUCCUGGAUGAUUUGAAGCCCAUCCAGAGCCAGCACGCCCCGCCCCCCCACCACAACAAUGUCUAUCUCGAACUUCAGCCCGCAUCCGAGAGUACCUCCUCCACUCACAUGUUCCUGGGAGGAGCUCAGACUCCAACUUCUAGCAGGGUGGGCAUGGAAAUACCUCAAGUGGACAGCACUAGAAAUCUGUCCAAAAAACGGAAAUCUUCCUCUUAUCAUGUUGGCAUGGAAAUACCUCAAGUGGACAGCACAAGAAAUCUGUCCAAAAAACGGAAAUCUUCCUCUUAUCAUGGCAGUGAUUAUGAAGAUGACACCUUCGAUGACAAUAAAUCCGUUAGGACAGACGACAACAAAAAACAUAAUCAUAGCGAGAUAGAAAAACGGCGGAGGGACAAGAUGAACACCUACAUUCUGGAACUUGCCACGAUGGUACCGAUAUGUAACUCCACGUCCCGUAAAGCUGACAAGCUGACAGUGCUGCGGAUGGCAGUGCAGCAUCUGAAGACAAUACGUGGCACCAUUCACUCAUAUUCUGAAGGCCUCAGGCCUCCCUUCCUGUCCGAACAUGAACUCAAACAACUAAUUCUCCAGGCCACUGAGGGGUUUCUCAUUGUCGUCACCUGUGAUCGAGCAAAAAUUCUUUACACUUCAGAAUCUAUCACUCGGAUUUUAAAUCUUACACAGGUUGAAGUUCUAGGCAAGAGCUGGCUAGAUUUGUUACACCCCAAUGAUGUUCAGACAGCUAAAAUUCAGCUCUCUUCAUUUGAUCUCUAUCCUCGAGAAAAGCCUCUAGAUGAUAAAACGUAUGUGCCAUUGAAGAUUGAGAUACCUCCCGGGCACUCCAAACUGUGGCAUGGGGGUCGCCGCUCAUGCUUCUUGCGUUACAAGUAUAACUCUCCCUCUAAAGAGGCUGACACAACGACUGGCUGCCCGAAUAUAACCAAUACUGAUUGUAUUAGUGACGAUCGAAUAUACAUUAGGACACACUGUGUUGGCUACCUCAAGCCCUGGGCGGGAGCAAAGGCUCUGCUGAGAGAGCUAGAGAAGCAGGAGGCGAAGGCAAGGCAAGACGUGAAGUCCAGACAAGAUGCUGGACUGAGCCCAGAGUCUUCAUUCAUCUCUGAGAUGGAGGAAAGUAGGACUGAUGAAAGAGAGUAUAAUAAUGACGAUCUGCCUUGCCUGGUUGCAAUUGCACGAGUGUUACCCAAUGAUGUUCAUCCUGAUAUACCCCGCCAUUCUAUUAAAAUUCCCACCAUUCAGUUUUACUCCAGACACACCUCUGAUGGCAAAUUCAUUUUUUGUGAUGAGAAGGUAACUUUGGUGCUUGGCUUCUUACCUCAGGAUUUAGUUGGAACCAGCAUGUACGAGUACUUCCAUAAGGAAGACAUCCCCAGACUUGCAAAGUUGCACAAAACUUGUCUUUACAAAUCCCUCACAGUCACUACUGAGACUUACAGGUUUAGGAAUAAAGAUGGUCACUAUGUUCAUCUACAAAGUGUAUGGAAACCUGUCUGGAAUCCUUGGACCAAAGAUUUUGAAUUCUUCCAUGGCAAGAAUACACACAAAUCGCCAAUGGACUAUGGGGGUGUAAAGGUGGAGAGCAGUCAGUUUGAACACUCUGAAUCGCCGGAGCCCAAUGAACCAAUGAACAGCUUCGAUUUCUGCACCUCUCACAUUAAUGGCAGUGCCCUGAGUAGUCAGGAUACCAAUCGCAUGCUCUCCUCACACAUUGAGGCCAGCAAGAUCGGGCGGCAGAUUGCUGAGGGAAUGUCUCGACAGAGACCAGAGGAUUCUUCCACCUCACCAGCCAAUCACUCUCCACCAUACAGAGAACUUGUAAACCAGGCAGAUCAGUCUCAAGUGAUUAGUUCGGUGCUUCACGAGAUGCCAAGUCAGAGCCUGAUUAGAACAUGCAACAGUAACCAUAGUGCCAAUAGUCCAGGGAGCGAGAUUAACAAUUACACCAGUGCUGUACGCAACAAUGUCACUCUCACUAGUCUUGCCAACGAUACAGGAGACCCAGACGAUGUGAUAGAGAUGAUUGAGCAGACAGAGUCACCCCAAGCAGACGCCCAGAGCAUCAACAACCACGGGAAUGAUGAAGCAGCCAUGGCUGUCAUCAUGAGCCUCCUGGAGGCUGAUGCAGGAUUGGGCGGUCCAGUAGACUUCACCGGUCUUCCGUGGCCACUUCCUUAACCCCUUGGAUGCCUCAUAUUAUUUAUUAUGCCUUAAUUAUCGUACAAUUUCAAUGAUUAUAGUUAAAAUUUUCGCAACCCAAACAUUAAAUUCAGAUGUUAUAAAAGUUAAAUUAUGUUAGAAUGUGUAGUUACUUUACCAUGGCAAGCUGACAGAGAAUUCAUUCAUUGUCAGUCAUCUUUGGUUUUCAAAUUUUAACUUCCCCCAACACAGAAGGUGAACUCUCUCUCCAAAAUGAUUUUGGUGUCAUGUCAUUAUUAAAACAAGUUUGGAUA